AUGGCAAGUGCAGAGAUGGUCUGUGUUACUAAGCCCAGAGUUGAUGCAGUGGAGAUAUUGGUAGAGAAAGGGAUCACAAGCAUCCCUGAAAAGUUUAUCAGGCCUCGAGAAGAACGUUUCACAUCUCCUACUCCAAGUGAGUAUGGAGAAGAGCAAGUCCCUGUCAUAGACUUGCAAGGCCUCAACUGUUGUGAGGGGAGUGUUGAGAGAGAAAAGGUGUUGAAGCAGCUGGCUUAUGCCUGUGAGGAGUGGGGUUUCUUUCAGAUUAAACAAGCUUAUGCUGCCUUGCCUGGUUUGAUCACUCAGGGGUAUGGGAGUAAGUAUAUAGCAAGGGAGGGUGCAACCAGAGAUUGGAGAGACUUUGUCUAUCUUUUUCUACAGCCUCACUCCAGAAGAGAUUAUGCUUAUUGGCCUUCUGAUCCUUCUGAUUUCAGAGAGGUUGUCUACAAUUUUAGCGAGGAGACCUUAAAAUUGACUAAAAGUUUAUUGGGAGCAUUCUCUUUAAACUUGGGACUUCCUCAAAAUUAUCUGGAAACAUUCAUUGUGCAACCUUAUCAAAAUAUGCUCAUCAAUUACUACCCUCGCUGCCCUGAACCAGAACUCACAGCUGGGUUUUAUGCACAUUCAGACAUUGGCAUGGUCACAUUGCUUCUACAAGAAACUGGCUCUAAAGCCCUUCAGAUUAGAAAGAAUGAUAAGUGGAUUCCUGUGUUAGCAGCACCUGGAGCUUUAUUAGUCAAUAUAGCUGAUCAAAUAGAGAUCAUCAGUAAUGGGAGAUACAAGAGUAUUGAACAUAGAGUUGUGGCUGAUAAAGAUAAACCAAGAGUAUCCAUUCCAGUUUUUUGUGAUGCUGCCCCAGAUGCCAUCAUUAAACCUGCCCCAGAACUCCUGGGGAGAAGGAUAGUUAAUGAAGCUACAAAGGUUGAAGAAGAGAUGAAAGAAAAUGCUAAGUAUACCAGUAUUGUUUUUAAGAACCAUGAAAUUGCUUUCUACAAAGAUGGUGCAAACAGCAAGAAGUAUGUCCAAUCAUACAUGUUGCAGGCUUAAAGGCUCAUAAAACUUUAAUCUUAUAGAUAAUAUUAUAAUGAGUGUCAUGUAGUGGUUAGUCAAAGUUUCGGUUUUUUUUUGGGUUAAGAAUGCUUAAGUUUAAGUUUUGAUGGUGGA